AUGACCAGAUCCACCAGCGAAGCCAGUUCCAAGGAACUAUGGCGACACUCGAGCCCUCACACCACCCAGAUAUUUGACUUCAUUCAAACGUCCAAUGCCAAGCAUGGUCUGUCUAUGACCACUUACAAUGACCUCUGGCAGUGGAGUGUGUCCGAACCUGCCAAGUUCUGGGAAGAUGUCUGGGAUUAUACCUCCAUUCGAGCUCACAGGCCAUAUGACCGGGUUCUGAGUUCAGACCAGCUUCUUUUCCCCCGACCCAACUUUUUCGAGGGAACUAAGCUCAAUUUUGCUGAGAAUCUUCUCUAUCCAGCCACGUCCCCGGACGAGAACGCAAUCGCGAUGAUAGCUGCUACGGAAGCGGAUCGGGAGUUCGUAUCAUGGAAGGAACUGCGGGAUCGAGUUCGUAGAUGUGCCAACUCACUGAAAGACUCGGGUCUGCGGGCAGGGGAUCGGGUUGCAGGAUUCCUAGGCAAUCAUACCAACACGGUUGUGGCGAUGCUGGCAACGACAUCAAUCGGUGCCUUCUGGACAGGCGUGUCGCCUGAUACCGGUGUGCAUGCCGUGCUAGAACGUCUCCAGCAAAUAGGACCGAAGAUCUUGUUCGCCGAUAAUGCAUCCCUAUACAAUGGAAAGGUACACGGCGCAGAUGCUAAAUUGCGUCAAAUUGUCCCAGGGCUGCCGAACCUGGAGCUUUUGGUCAUAUUCGACACAAUCCGAUCUUAUGGAUUCGACCUUCAAGAAGUGAUGCCACAUCGUGGAAAGGUUUUUUCUUACAAGUCCUUUCUUUCUACAGCCAACAAUCCCUCUGCCGCUCUUGAAUUUGCAAGCCUGGGGCCCGAACAUCCUGUCUACAUAUUAUAUUCCUCUGGCACUACAGGGGCACCAAAGCCGAUUGUUCAUGGCGCGCUGGGAACGCUGCUGCAGCAUAAAAAGGAACAUGUGCUUCAUUGUGACCUCCGCCCCGGCGACCGCCUGUUCUAUUUCACAACAACUACAUGGAUGAUGUGGCACUGGCUCGUCUCCGGGCUUGCCAGCGGCGCUACCAUUGUGCUCUACGAUGGCUCUCCUUUCCGACCAUUUGACCCGGAAGGUGGAAAUGGGGAAAUGGCAAUGCCACGUCUGAUCGAUGAACUGCAGAUAACACACUUUGGAACCUCUGCCAAGUAUUUGUCCAUCUUGGAACAGGCUUCGCUACAUCCUACAAGUCACCCAAAUCGGCCAGCAAACCUGAAGACUUUGAAGGCCAUCUUUAGCACGGGCUCUCCGUUGGCACCAUCUACGUUCGAGUAUGUGUACUCGUCCAUCAAAGCGGACAUUAUGCUGGGCUCUAUUACCGGUGGAACCGAUAUUUUGUCGCUCUUCUGCGGCAGCUGUCCAAUCCUGCCCGUCUACAAGGGGGAGAUUCAGUGCCGCUGUUUGGGAAUGGCUGUCUCUGCUUACGACUAUGCCGGCAACGACGUUUCGGUUUCCGGCGAACCCGGCGAUCUGGUGUGUACCAAGCCUUUUCCUGCGCAGCCCGUUAUGUUCUGGCCUCCCGGUGCAGCUGGGGCAGAGAAGUACCGCAAAAGCUACUUUGAUGUCUUCGGACCGACAAUUUGGCAUCAUGGUGAUUUCGUGCGCCUGGAUCCUCAUACUGGGGGCGUGGUCAUGUUGGGCCGCAGUGACGGUGUCCUGAAGCCAGCUGGGGUUCGGUUCGGCAGCGCAGAGAUAUACAACAUUCUUCUGAAACACUUUGCGGAUGAAGUUGAGGAUUCCCUGUGCAUUGGGCGGCGACGGGAUGGGAUCGAUACGGAUGAAACAGUGGUUCUCUUUGUGAAGUUGGCAGGGGGUGCGCCCACAGUCAUACCCCCCGGUCUUGCAUCUCGUAUCCAGGCGACGAUUCGCAAAGAACUCAGCCCUCGUCAUGUCCCCGGCAUUGUGGACGUCUGUCCGGAAAUACCAGUGACGUCCAACGGAAAGAAGGUCGAAAAUGCUGUGAAGCAGAUCCUGUGCGGUCUGAACAUCAAGAUUGGGGCAAGUGUGGCCAACGCCUCGUGCCUUGACUGGUAUCGCGCCUGGGCCACUGCGCACCCAUAG